AUCCCAAAGCGGCGGCUUCGUAAACGCGUGAUUGCCGCAAGUGUUGUGGAUUCCUUUUGACUUCGAAGUUUUUUCACCCAAUACAUCCGCAGCAUAAUGAAGGCCAUGCAGAGACCGAUCAUCCUUUUGAAAGACGGAACCGAGUCGCACCAAGGCAAACCUCAAGUGAUUUCAAACAUCAAUGCUUGUCAAGUUAUCAGCGAUGCGGUGAGGACUACGCUGGGUCCUCGUGGAAUGGAUAAAUUGAUGGUCGAUUCGAAAGGAAAGACAAUUAUUUCCAACGAUGGAGCGACCAUUAUGAAGCAACUGGAUAUUGUUCACCCAGCGGCCCGCACUCUGGUCGAUAUUGCCAAGAGUCAGGACUCUGAGGUCGGCGAUGGGACCACAUCGGUUGUCUUGCUAGCUGGUGAAUUUUUGAAACAGGCCAAACCAUACGUGGAGGAACACGUCCACCCUCAGGUCAUCGCUAGAUCCUACAGGAAAGCCUCGUGCAUGGCCAUUGAUAAAAUCCGCGAAAUCGCCGUUACGGUCGACAAAGGAGCCGAAACUCGUGCACUCCUGGAGAAAUGCGCGAUGACAACAUUGAGCUCUAAGCUCGUGGCUUCGAAAAAAGAAUUCUUCGCGAAAAUGGUCGUAGACGCUGUGAUGCAACUCGACGAGUUGCUGCCCCUCAACAUGAUUGGUAUCAAGAAAGUCUCCGGAGGAGCUCUGGAGGACUCGGUUCUAGUUUCGGGAGUCGCCUUCAAGAAGACUUUCUCCUAUGCUGGAUUCGAAAUGCAGCCGAAAAAGUACCACAAUCCGAAAAUCGCCUUGUUGAACAUCGAGCUAGAGCUUAAGGCUGAGAGGGACAAUGCCGAAGUCAGAGUCGAUAGCGUCGAAGAGUACCAAAACAUCGUCGAUGCCGAGUGGAACAUCCUCUACGAUAAGCUAGCGAAGAUCCACGCUUCCGGUGCUAAAGUCGUUCUCAGCAAGCUGCCUAUCGGAGACGUGGCCACGCAGUAUUUCGCCGACCGCGAUAUGUUCUGUGCUGGACGCGUUGCCGAAGAAGAUCUCAGGAGAACCAUGAAAGCUUGCGGCGGAUGCGUUCUGACGACUGUCCAGGACCUGAAGGAUUCCAACCUUGGAUCUUGCGAAAAAUUCGAAGAGAACCAAAUCGGAGGCGAGCGUUACAACAUAUUCACGGGCUGUCCCAAUUCGAAAACCGUCACCAUGAUCUUGCGAGGAGGAGCUGAACAGUUCAUCGAGGAGACCGAGCGUUCCCUGCACGAUGCCAUCAUGAUCGUCCGUCGUGCCGUGAAGAACGAUGCCGUCGUCGCUGGAGGUGGAGCAAUCGAGAUGGAACUCAGCAAAUACCUCAGAAACUACUCGAGGACGGUCGCUGGAAAAGAGCAGCUCUUGAUCGCGGCUUUCGCCAAGGCGCUCGAGGUCAUUCCACGGCAACUGUGCGACAAUGCUGGAUUCGAUGCGACCAACAUUUUGAACAGGCUGCGUGAACGUCACGCCAAGGGGGAUAAAUGGUCUGGAGUCGACAUCAAUAACGAGGACAUCGCAGACAAUCUCGAGGCGUGCGUCUGGGAACCAGCGGUUGUGAAAAUUAACGCUCUCACUGCCGCGACGGAAGCAGCCUGCCUCAUACUUUCCGUCGACGAGACCAUCAAAGCGCCGCAAAGUAAUACCGACCCGACGGCCGGGAGACCUUUCUAGAUUCGCUCGUUCUGUGUUCAGGCGAAUGAGGCUAUCACUAAUAAACUAUUGAGACUUUUUCGGCUCACAUAACAUAU